UCUAUGUCAUUCCCUCACCUUUUCCUUAGACAUCACUUACCUUUAAAAAUGACCUCCACCAACAACUACCUCCCCUCUCCUCUCUCUCUCAACACCAUCUGGUUCUAUUCGAUCUCUGUCUUAAUUCAUCUGUGAUAAUUUCAAAUAAUGAAAGCGGAAUUUGAAAUGGUUCAUGGGACUGUGAAUAUGAUCCAACCCCAUGAAACUAAUUGGAUUAACAAUUCGACCUCCGUUAAUCCAUUCCCAAAACCUGUAAGCGAUCUCUCUCAGUGGGUAGAGCACAUAACGAAGCAACUCAUCGAUGACUUGCCGGAAACAGCCACCACCACGGCAGACACUUUGCACACUGCAGCAACAUCCGGGGAUCAGUACUUCAUCCCCUCGUCACAUUCCGGAGAGUUUAGUCCGAGAAAAGCCCCCAGGAAAAACUACGGCGACGACACAAGUGCUGAUCGUGCAGAUUACGACUUGCAGUGGGGAAAUGAGCUGCAACUCCAUGCAGAAAACAACAGGAGAGCUAGAGGGUUGAGUAAGCUUGACCAGCAUGGCUUAACACUAAUUACUCUUCUGUUCGAAUGUGCGGUUGCAAUCUCCGUGGAGAACCCCGGCGAGGCACAUCAGAUGCUACUUGAGCUCACCCAGAUGGCCUCGCCGUAUGGGCCAUCCUGCGCGGAGCGCGUGGUGGCAUAUUUUGCCAAGGCCAUGUCGAGUAGGGUUUUGAACUCGUGGCUAGGCAUUUGCUCUCCUUUGGUCAACUACAAAAGCAUUCAUGGUGCUUUUCAAGUCUUUAACACUAUCUCGCCUUUCAUCAAGUUCGCUCACUUCACUUCCAACCAGGCCAUCCUCGAAGCCUUUCACCGCCGUGACAGAGUGCACAUUAUCGACCUCGAUAUCAUGCAGGGUUUGCAAUGGCCAGCUCUUUUUCACAUCCUCGCCACACGCAUGGAAGGGCCUCCACACGUACGAAUGACCGGUUUCGGCGCCUCAUCUGAGGUAUUGCUUGAGACCGGAAAGCAACUUUCAAAUUUUGCCAGGCGACUGGGCUUGUCAUUUGAGUUUCAUCCAAUCACGAGGAAAUUCGGUGACCACCUAGACACUUCAAUGGUGCAAGUGCGGAGGGGAGAGACUGUAGCAGUGCAUUGGCUACAGCACUCACUCUACGAUGCAACAGGACCCGACUGGAGAACAAUGAAACUCAUCGAAGAACUAUCCCCGAGAAUCGUCACAUUGGUGGAGCAAGACAUGUCGCACAAUGGGGGCUCGUUUUUGGACCGUUUUGUCGGGUCUUUGCACUACUAUUCAACUAUGUUUGAUUCUCUUGAAGCCUAUUUGCCCAGUGAUAACCCUAACAGGCAUUUAGUUGAACACAGCUUGAUGUAUAGGGAAAUCAACAACAUAUUGGCAGUAGGCGGGCCAGCAAGGAGCGGAGAAGACAAGUUUAAGCAUUGGAGGAGUGAGCUCGGGGCUAGCAAUAGCUUCAUGCAAGUAGGUAUGAGUGGAAAUUCGAUGGCUCAAGCGCAGUUGAUAUUGAACAUGUUUCCUCCUAGUAAUGGUUAUAACCUUGUGCAAGGAGAUGGGACGAUUAGGCUUGGGUGGAAGGAAACUAGUUUGUAUGUUGCCUCAGCAUGGACUUGUUCUCAUGCUUCAUCAAGAUAAGGAUCUGUUAAUCCGUACACUAAUUGUGUGCUUUCUUUUUGGGAGUGAAUUGGUCAUAGCUAAUUGUAUUAGUUAGGGCUUGAAUGUUCUAUAUAUAAUCCAACCUUAAUUUAGCUGUAUAUUAACGACGGUGAUUAAUAAGCAAGAUAAAAUAUAUAAUUGUUGAGCCACAUCUUUAGAGUCACUAUAUAUAUGUUCUAUAAUCAAGGUUCCAAGCUAUUAUGAGGGACAGUAUUAUGAUGUGGUGGAUCUUUCUUGCCGUGUUUCACUUGUUUGUGAUAUUGAAGACCCUAAUCGAGCACAACUGAGGGUUAUUGCUCCACAGAUUAAUCCAAGUGAACUUCUUGGUCCUAUGAUGCACAUCAAAGAACCAUAGCUUAGUGGAUUGCGCAGGAGUUCCACCACUGGCUGUAGGGUUUUCAAGGUCUUAUUUAAUAAGGGCAAAUCAUGGAUCGACUCCGAGUUACAUAACUUGGGGAAUAGAGCCAUCUUCUUGAGUCGAAGUAGUAUUUCGGAUCUAAGGCCAAUUGCAUAAACUUCAUGAAAAAUAAGAGUCUCUCUACUACUGAACAUUGAUGCGGGUAUUUUUGAUACGGAGGAUGAGGGAAAAUUAUAAAAUAGUCCCGGAUCUUAGUAUAGGUAGUGGUCUAUGGUGAUAUUAUUGGUCUAUGGUGAUAUUAUUGGUUCAUGUGACUCGUAGUAAUUUCUAAUUGGUCUCUUAAAUUAAUUUUUCUUUUAUUUUUUAACACCUGCAUGGUUCCCACCACAUUCAAGUGCUAUUAUUGGUUGGGACCACCACAUGGUGCGCAAUGUCACGUGAUACUUCAGGACCACAUAAUAAUUCCUCGGAGGAUGAGUCCGUACUCGAUCGACAGAGACUUUGGCAAAUCGUUCAAUUAUGAUUUAAAAUAUAACAGCGGAUCACAUUUAUGGAUUCAGCCGAGUUUUUGAACACGCUCUGAUGUUUCCUCCCUUUAUCUUUGAACCACCAUUUUCAUUCUGUACAAGUAUGUACAGGCCAUAGUUACUGGCCUUGUGCUCUAACGCCGUAAGUUUAUUCAUCGAUGGGCGCUAUUAUACAUUUCUUUCUUGGUCUCCUAUUAUAAUAUAUAGUCUUUGCUUGGUUUU